AAGUUGAACAUCUAUUGCUCUGCAAACCCAAGGAACCUGGGGUCCCGCUGAGUCCCCUUCCCACCAGCUAUCCCAAACACUCUGUCUUGAAUCCGAAGGGGAUUUAGAAACGAAGAGCUGCCCGCGGCGAAUGCCUGUAAUGCCCAGGCCAGGAAGAAAGCGGGUUAGGAUCUGAUCCUGCUGAAUAGAGGAUACAGGAGCCUCCCGCCCUCUGUCUUGAUGUGGCGGGGGCGCGCUGCGCGCUGCGCCAGGGCGGGCGGCGGCGGCGGCGGCGCGGGCGCCGUGAUGCAGGUGUGACACGCGCGGACUCCUGCCUCCGCGGGGAUCGCCCCAGAGCAGUAUUCGCUGGAGCUGCCGGCGGGGCCACCAGGUGGACGCCACUCAGCCCGCACCCGGAGGCGGCCGCGCGCGGAUUUCCCAUUCAGGGCAUAGCCUUCAAUAGCAGAACAAAUCAGGCCAGCCAGCAAGCUGCCAAGUCUUGCAAGCCCCUUGUCAAGGAAAACAGCUGGACCCAUUUCUAAUCAAUGUCUCCCAAUACAACACCUCUGAAUCGGUGAAGGAGACCAGACCAGAAUUUGAAAUUUUCCCAAGACUUCUAAUAGACAUUGAAUGCAAAAGGAUACUUAGGUUGCCCUUGAGACAAAGAGGAAAAAUACAGGUGUCACUUUCAUCCAAGGAGUCUACAUUUAAACUUUGGUACAUAUAAUGGAUGAUGGUUAUUGAAAUAGUCCAAACUUCUAUCACAGUGCAAGGGAUAUAGUGUGAGAGGUAACCAAGCAGUCCCAGAACUAAGGAAUGGAUGACUACAGAUAUCAGGACAACUAUGGGGGCUAUGCCCCCAGUGACAACUACUAUCGUGGCAAUGAGUCCAAUCCAGAAGAAGAUGCACAGAGUGAUGUUACAGAAGGCCAUGAUGAGGAGGAUGAGAUCUAUGAGGGCGAGUACCAGGGCAUCCCUCACCCAGAUGACAUCAAGGCCAAGCAGACCAAGAUGGCACCCUCCAGGGCGGAUGGUCUUCGGGGCCAGGAAGACCUGAUAGCUGAGAGGAUGGAAGAUGAGGAGCAGCUGGCCCACCAGUAUGAGACCAUCAUUGAUGAGUGUGGCCACGGGCGCUUCCAGUGGACCCUCUUUUUUGUUUUGGGUUUGGCCCUGAUGGCUGAUGGGGUAGAAGUGUUUGUGGUGAGUUUUGCCCUGCCCAGUGCAGAGAAGGACAUGUGUCUGUCCAGUUCCAAGAAAGGAAUGCUCGGUCUGAUAGUCUAUCUAGGAAUGAUGGGGGGAGCCUUCGUCCUGGGGGGCCUGGCUGAUAAGCUGGGGAGGAAGCGUGUCCUCAGCAUGUCCCUGGCCAUCAACGCCUCUUUCGCCUCCCUCUCCUCCUUCGUACAGGGAUAUGGAGCCUUUCUCUUCUGCAGACUCAUCUCAGGCAUAGGAAUUGGGGGUGCCCUGCCCAUCGUUUUUGCCUAUUUUUCUGAAUUCUUGUCCCGGGAGAAACGAGGAGAGCAUCUCAGUUGGUUGGGCAUGUUCUGGAUGACCGGGGGCAUCUAUGCAUCUGCCAUGGCCUGGAGCAUCAUUCCACACUACGGCUGGGGCUUCAGCAUGGGCACCAAUUACCACUUUCACAGCUGGAGAGUGUUUGUCAUCGUCUGUGCUCUGCCCUGCACUGUGUCCAUGGUGGCCCUGAAGUUCAUGCCAGAGAGCCCAAGAUUUCUGCUAGAGAUGGGCAAACACGAUGAAGCCUGGAUGAUUCUCAAGCACGUGCAUGAUACCAAUAUGAGAGCUAAGGGGGCCCCGGAGAAGGUGUUCACGGUUUCCAACAUUAAAACUCCCAAGCAAAUGGAUGAAUUCAUUGAGAUCCAAAGUUCCACAGAAACUUGGUACCAGCGCUGGCUCGUCAGAUUCAAGACCACUUUCAAGCAGGUCUGGGAAAAUGCUCUGUACUGUGUGAUGGGCCCUUACAGGAUGAACACGCUGAUUCUGGCCGUGGUCUGGUUCACCAUGGCUUUAAGUUACUAUGGACUGAUAGUUUGGUUCCCUGAUAUGAUCCGGUAUUUUCAAGAUGAAGCAUACAAGUCCAAAAUGAAGGUAUUUCACAACGAGCACGUGUAUGGUGUCACAAUCAACUUCACGAUGGAAAAUCAGAUUCACCGACAUGGGAAGCUUGUGAAUGACAAGUUCACAAAGAUGUACUUUAAACAUGUACUCUUUGAGGACACGCUAUUUGAUGAGUGCUAUUUUGAAGACGUUACGUCUACUGAUACCUAUUUCAAAAACUGCACCAUUGAAUCCACCAUCUUUUACAACACAGACCUCUACCAGCAUAAGUUCAUCGACUGUCAUUUUAUCAACGUCACCUUUCUGGAACAGAAGGAGGGCUGCCACAUGGACGUAGAGCAAGAUAACGACUUCCUGAUUUACCUCGUCAGCUUCCUAGGCAGCUUGUCUGUCUUGCCUGGGAACAUCAUUUCUGCCCUGCUCAUGGAUAGGGUUGGAAGGCUCAAGAUGAUCGGUGGCUCCAUGCUAAUCUCGGCUGUCUGCUGCUUCUUCCUGUUUUUUGGCAACAGUGAGUCUGCGAUGAUUGGCUGGCAGUGCCUGUUCUGUGGGACCAGCAUUGCUGCCUGGAAUGCUCUGGAUGUGAUCACUGUGGAGCUGUAUCCCACCAACCAGAGGGCAACAGCCUUUGGCAUCCUCAAUGGAUUAUGCAAAUUUGGUGCCAUCCUGGGAAACACUAUCUUUGCUUCUUUUGUUGGGAUCACCAAAGUGGUCCCCAUCCUUCUGGCUGCCACUUCUCUUGUUGGGGGUGGCCUGAUUGCUCUUCGACUGCCAGAGACUCGAGAACAGGUCCUGAUGUGACAACCUCUGGGGAAAGGAAAUGUUGGAAGAACCUUGUCCAGCAACCUUACCUGCCCCACCCUUCCUGUCCAUCGCUGUCCAGAGGACACCUGGAUAGCCCAGGGGAGAAGUUGUUUUUGUGACCCCUAGUUUAGCACCCAUUUCAGCUGUCCAUAUGUUUGUAACUCAGGUGACUGAUUUGGGGGUGUCCUGAUCUUCCCUCCCUUAUUAUCCCAGAGCUGUGUGCUUGGCUUCCAGUGUCCCGGGCCCAAGGUGCAAGAGGAAGGAUAUAGCCCUUGGGCACACUAAGCAAGGGGUGUGUAAGGAUGUGCAAUAACUUUUACGCAUUUCAAAGUGAUGAGAAACACUCAAGCUCGUCCAUAAAGUUCCUCAGAUCCCAAGGACCUAACAAAUUGACUUGGCGGGGAAGUUAGAGUGAUCAUAUGAAUAUUGGGCUUGAAGUACAGGCUACAUAUAUUUUUGCAUAUAAAAAUAUCACUUAUCAUAGUUUCCAUUUGAAAAUUGGCGCAAUAGCAUCAAAGAUAGUCUGAUAUAGAAAAUCAAAUAUUUGAUGCAAUAUCUAUAGAAAUCUACUUUCCCCCCUCCACGUAUCCUAAGUUUUCCAUGAUGAUUAGGUAGUAAGAAUAAUAUUUAUUCCUAUUUUGAUCUAGUUCAAGAAACAAUGGGAUAGGUAUUCUAUAAACUAACUUUGUACAUAACUGUCUUCGGGUUCCAUUUGCAGAAACGCUAUCUGCAAAUAUCUGCCAGCCUUUAGCCAUAUUUUGAGAGGACUUGGUGUUUGAGGUCCCUGGAAAUUGGGGCUGAUGGAAUGAAGAGCAAGCCCAAUUUCUCAUAGCCAUUUAAAUUGCUGUCAGGAGGAUGCGCUUGGCAAACUCACUUUGUGCAAGUCAUUUAAUGCAGGCACUUUUCUUCCUGUGGGGGAAAGAGUCACUUUCCCCUCUUACACAGAUCACAGGUGAGAUGCAAGCUCACCAUCUUCCAUCCUGGCAUUUGACGUUGCUGCUCAUCCAGAAGCAACAUGAGAAGUGUUCAGUGGCCUCUGGUACCCUCGUUGUAGCCUAGAAUAAAGUGCAGUGGACAACAUGAGGGCUUUGAGGGAGAAUUGGGAAAUGUAGCCACAGUUUUUCAAAGUGUAAAUUUAGCAGUGAACCAUGAUCCGUAUUUGCUGGAAUAGUCAGGUCCCAUGAAAAAUCUACACUCAGUGUCUUGGUUCAGGGUUUUCAAAGCAGAUGUCACUGUCAAGGGAGUGAGGGAGUGUAGUGGAUGUCACAUAUGUUUUCCUGCAGUGCUCCAAGAGAACGCUUUCCUGAGAUCCAGUUUGGAACAAGAAUGAGGGUGGCUGUGGGGGUGGGGUGAGAAGCCUGGAAAAUACUGCUUCGGCAAAGAUCAGUAAUAGACUGAAGUCUUGACUUCAUAGAGAAGAAUUAUGUUUAACUCAGCAGAACUGUCCUGCAUGGAAGGAAGGAGAACCUGUAAGCUCCUGCCACUAGAGGGGAACUUGCUGAGACCAGGUGGACACUGGUCUGCAAGAACUAGUUCUUUGAAUUGAUUUGUGAUGCUCUCAAGUCUGCAACAUGCCACUCUUUGCCUCCCAGAAACUCAACAAUUUAAAGAAAAAAUGAUGGCUGAACUGAGUGUAUUUUCAGUUUUGGAGAAACAUUUAGGUCCUGUGAUAGCUUCAGGCCUCUUUUGGUUAUUCUCUGGAGUAGAAGAUAGGAGGAAAGAGUAAAUUCAAAGACACCUUUCUAUUCUGGAUUCGAGAUCAACUUUUUGUUUUAACUUUUUAUAGCCACACUUGUGGCGUUUGGACGUUCCCAGGCUGGGGGUUGACUCAGAGUUGCAGCUGCCGGCCUAUGACUCAGCCACAGCAACACUGGAUCAGAGCCCCACCUGUGACCUACACCACAGCUCACAGCAAUGCCAGAUUCUUAACCCACUGAGUGAGGCCAGGGAUUGAACCUGUAUCCUCACAGAGACAGUGUUGGGUCCUUGACCGGCUGAGCCACAACGGGAAAUCCGAGAUCAGUUUUAAUGGUUAAAAUGUUUUCUCUGUUUCUCAUGUCCCCCACCUCUUUAUUCAUCACUUUUCUUUCAGUGCAGGGAAGGAAGUCCCAACUCUGACUUGACAUCCCUAGUCCCCCAACUAUAGAAAUGUAUCAUCGUGUAUUAGCGUUUCUCUCAAUGUUUUACAGGAAUUACUGAACAUCAAUGCUGUGUCAUUAGUGAGAGGACCAAUGUAAUAUAGCUGUUAUAUACUUUCUUGUGAUAUGAAUACACUGUCGAGGUUCAUAAACGAGAAUUGUGUAAGCCGGGAUUACCCUUCCCAUGUAACAUUGUUUUUCAAUGGGGUAAUAGGGUUCAAUGAGCAGUUACUGCUUAAACAUUUACCAGGCAGUGGGAGUCUGCAUUUCUAGUUAAGAUAGAGCUUGUAAAUCUAAAACAUGAGUAAUUUUUGAGUGUUGGGGUGGCUGAAACAAUUUGGGGGUAAAUCUAUUUGAUUCCCAAGCUAUAACUCUGCAUUAUCUUUAUGGCUCCUCACACCAACCACCUGACCAACCAAGGGCAGUGCCCAUCUCAUCCAUCACUUCGACCUUUGUAAAGGUACAGCCAUGCUCUGCAGCCUUUCCCCAUGAAGGAUUGUCUGGCACUGGGACCUGGUCACUUCUUAAAUGCUAUCACUCCUGAGGAGAUAGAUACGUCUUUAAAAAUAGUCUCUGUGGCAGGUCAUUGGGGAUAAUGUACCGUAUUCCUGGCAGCGCUCUGCUUUUUCAUUUCAUCUGUUACUCUGAGAAACUCCAGAUGGCAUCCGUGGAGAGUUAAAGGGAUGAGGUGCUUCCUCAUUGAGCAAAUCUGUUUGCAGUUUAUGCUGUAUUUUUGUGAUGCCCAGUUUGGGAGUGGUUGCUCUUCAUGGUCUCAACUGUAUUGUGUCAUCUCUUGAUGCUGAUUUUUGAUCUUUUGUUUUACUGGAAAUAAAUAGGAAAGGGGUGUGCCUGUUUGUGACAUUUAUAGCUCAUGACACCAAGGUCAUGUAAUAAAUAACCCCAUUCCCAGGGUUCUCUGGCACCUUGUAGUGGUUCAUUAAAAAUAAUAAUAAAUAAAAAUAAAUGUAAGCAAACCUUUAAGAACUGAGACUAGAGAUUAUUUCCAGAUGCUCAGGUCUCUUCUAGAGUCCUAGAUUGACUGGAUCAGCUGGGAGGAAUGCUAAGUUUCUUUCAACUUUCUUAUUUUUCAUAUGAGGACCUUGAGAGGCUAAAUGAUGUGACCGAGGUGGCAUGUAGUACUAGGCGUGGGUUACAAGUCCUACAGAAAUGCUCUCCCUCUAAAUCUGGAGUAAUUUCUCAGUCACUGCUAUGCUACUGCACGACCUCUAUAGUCUUUGAAGAAUGGGAAAAUGUGACUAACACUUACCUAUGACCAUUCAUUGAAAGCUCAUUUGAUCGCUUUGUUUGAAUAAGUGCAAAGAUCAGAACAGACAUGAAAAGAUUAGUAUGUAUUCAUCCAUUCAGUCUGUCAUUCAUUGGUGUAUUCGUCAAAUCCUUACAGACUCUCUACUGCUUGCCAGUCUCCGUGCUCAGUUCUGGGGACACAGUGGUGAAAAACUGGUCCAGUUCCUGCUUCCUGACUUGUUCUUCUUACAUCAAGUGGGCAAGAUGGAUAUUAAGUUGGCAAAACAAAAAAAACAAAACAAAACAAAAAAAACAAAACAAAACAAAACCAAAAACAAAAAUUAAAUCCAAAAUGUAAUGAUCUCAUAAUUGGUAAAAUGCACCUUUUGUGUGUAGGAGAAUUCUUCUUACCAGUCAAGUGUGGAUUUCUGAAUGUGGUUGCCCUGUCCACCUUCUCUUUUCCUCAAGGAAUGUGCCAAUUUCUUAUCUUGCCAUGUAAGGGAAAAGACAUACUUGCUCAUUUUCUGCAGAACUUAGUUUUUACUCAGUUGACUUUGCAAGAAAGUUUUAGAUGGAAGAAGGGAUGGGGACCAGGAAUUCAAGGAAGACAUUUGUUUGUGGCACGAAUAUCCCAGCAGUCCUGGGAAAGGUGUUUCCACCUCCACAUUUAGCUUUUCUAGGAGGCAUCUGAGCUCACACUCACCCAAUAUUUACAAUUUGGGAUUAAUUAGGAUUAGGUUGGGUGGUGUAUAACUGAAAAUACAAACAAGCAGUUUUAGAAUAUGUCUAGAAUAAAUAAAAUUUCUUUCUCUCUCAUAUGAAGGGCAUCUGGAGGAAAGAAAACCAUAGCUCGUAUGGCUGCUUUGUGAUCUGAUUAUUGAGAACAGACUACUGCCUGUAGUCUUCUCAAUUUUUGGUGUCCUUUCCAUCAUCAAGGCUGCCUCAUGGACUGAGAUGGCUGUUGGAGCACCAGCCACAAUUCAGCAGGAAGCAGAAGGAAGGGCAAGAGGCAAAGAUGCUGCACCUCCCAGCUCAGCCAGCCUCCUGGAUGCCCCUUCUUGUUGCUUCCAUGUGCAUAUCACUGAUCUCCCUUUGUUGCAGGGGUGCUGGGAAAUGCCACAUUUACCUGGCAACAUUGCCACCCCUCUUCCAAAGUGAGGACCUUGACGCUAAGGGAGAAAUCGAGAAAGGAGAAGUGGACCAUGCUUCUUAAACCUUAACAUGUGUCAGAAGCACUUGGAAAUAUGUUACAACUCACUCACACUGCUGUGCUCCACCCUUUCUAGGGUAGGAUCUGAGAAUUUGCCUUUUUUGGUUUUUUUUGUGCUUUUUAGGCUGCACCUGUGGCAUAUGGAGGUUCCCAGGCUAGGGGUCUAAUCAGAGCUACAGCUGCCAGCCUAUACCACUGCCAUAGCAACACCAGACCCCAGCUGCAUCUGUGACCUACACCACAGCUCAUGGCAACACCGGAUUCUUAACCCACUGAGCAAGGCCAGGGAAUGAACUGGAAACCACAUGGUUGCUAGUCAGAUUCAUUUCUGCUGCACCACGAUGGAAACUCCCCUGAGAAUUUGCAUUUUUAACAAUGCUCCCAGGUGGUGUGGAUGGUGGCAGUCCUUGGAUCAUAUUUUGAGCAGCACCAACAAAUUGCUGGUUUGAUUUGUUGGAGAACUCUUGCCCUGAUAAUUUAAAACUGGCUCAAUCAGAAAGAAACUCACACUGGAGUUCCUAUUGUGGCGCAGUGGAGACGGAUCUGACUAGGAACUGUGGGCUAGUGGGUUCGAUCCGUGGCCCUGCUCAGUGGGUUGAGAAUCUGGAAUUGCUGUGAGGUGUGGGUCAGGAUGCGGCUUGGAUGUGGCAUUGCUGUGACUAUAGUGUAGGCUGACAGCUGUAGCUCCGAUAGGACCCCUAGCCUGGGAACCUCCAUGUUCUGUGGUGCGACCCUAAAAAGACUAAAAGACUAAAAGAAAAAAAAAAAAAAAAGAAACUCACACAAAUUAGCAGCUCAUGAAAAGUGAUCACUGCCUUCCUAAAGUUCAGAGACAAUCAUCUGGGGGCAAUCCAUCAAUUACUAAAGAUAUGAAGAUACUACUGAUAGUCAACUUGAACUCAGCAUGGAAACUUCUAUUAUAAAAGGUGAAAAGAUUUCUCCUUUAGAUAAAAGAAAGGCAGAGUGUGAAAAAUUCCUCCGCUUAGACCUCGCUCAACAUGCAUUUACAGAAUGGCUAUAUGUGUCCCGUGAUGGAGAAGGUCCCUACCUCUAAGUGAAUAUCCCACCCCCACCAUUCAAAGUUUAGGCUUUUGUGGUUAGCUGAGUCAUGUACUCACAUGGCCCUAAGAACAGUGCAGAAAUAAAUCACAUGGAGGCUUUGAUUUUGAGGCAAGCUUAAAGCACAUUUUAUAUAAUUUGCAGAAGCAUGGUGGGGAGAUUUAUAUGCAUGGCUUUAGUGGCAGCACUGAGGUUUCCAAAAAGAUUAAUGAUAAAUGAAAUAAACUAGAGCUCUCCACAAAGGUAAAUGGAGACAUAAAAGUUGCUAUCAUUGUUGCUAAUUACAGAAUGAAUAGGGGAUCUUCUUAGUGGGACUAUAAUACACUCUCUGGAAGGUUCAAGCCAUGAGCUGGGGAAUGAGGAGUCCUUGUCUUCCUGCUUAGGUGUCCAUUCAUUCUGGUCCUCCUGGCUUCAAACGUCUUCAAGUUUCAGAGACCAUAAAUAUGUAUUCCUCUAGAAAGCAAAGGUCUUUCAAGAGCUGUACCCCCCCCCAAGUUAAAGUGCUCCCCACACUGGGUAUUUUCACUAGGUAGGGAAGUUUGUUUAAUCCCAGUGACUGUCGCUCAAGAGAGCAAGCUACUCAAAGCCAACUGUCCUGUCCACUUCUCUCCUACAAUAUAUAAUCUCAGUAAUUCAUAUUUUCUCUAAACCCGCGUGUGUGACUUCAGUAGAGAAUGAAUAAAGAGCCAAUAAAAUGGCUUUCCAGGAAAAUUAGACUUGGAACUAUCUCACAGGGGAUUAGUUUAAAAAUGAUCAGAAAAGCAAUUGGUAAGGAAUUGAUAAACAAAUGAUAAACAUCUUAUUUACAAAAGUGUUUCUCCCAAAGAAUCACAAAGCAAAUUUCUUUCAACCUCAAAAAUAUUUGGAAGUGACAAACCUCUAAUUUUUAAAAAAUGUAUCUUAUGAUAAUAGCUUUCUUUCCAAUUUGGAGUUGGUCUGAUGAGUCCAGGAAACUCAACUUUAACAAAUGUUUAGAGUGGAUUGCUAAUAGCUAAUUUCUAGUAUUUGCACUAAUGAUUUUUUUGGUUACGAUAUCUUCAGAAACCUGCAUUCUACACUCUUUGCAGUUGAAAUACUGACCGAUAAACUGAAGACUUGCAAGCAGAAUAUAGGUGGUACAUUGCUAGAUGUAUGUUAGAACCUAGGCUGUAAUAAGUUAAGGUAGGAAAAGAGCAUCUUAUAGGUAGUCCUGAAUAGACAGAUGUGUGUCCAGUGAGUUAGGCUGAUGAUUUUGUAAGGUAGCUCAACUUUCAAAAAUUAUAUUUUGGGGAAGUAAGAUGGAGGUAUACAUAUACAAACAAAAAAUACCCCACAAAACCUAUAGAUUGGAAAAUGAUUUUAUUCUUUAAUACACAUGCCAUGAAUUAGUUGGUUUUGAUUUGGGCUAUUUUUACUUGAUGUGAUACAAUCUAAAAGAUAUUUAAAAAUUUAAAAGCAUGAAAUAUUUAUCAAGUAGUUAAAUGCAGAUUUGUCAAUUCUAAUGCACUUUGAAUAGGUCAAACAUGAAAACAGCUUAUUUAUGCAUUUCCAGUUUCAGGUUAAGUUUAUUUUUUUCUGCAUGGGAUUUGGUCCUAGGUUUUUGUCCAUUUGAAUUCUGGAGAUCCCCAACCCUAACAGACAAAUAAAGUGUCUAUAUCUUUUAUUAUUACUUCUCAGUUCUUGACUUGAUAGUACAUAAAACAGGUUGAGACCUUAGGAAUAGAACUUCUUCAAGUCUGUUGGUCUAUCAUUCCAUACUGACUUAUACUUACUUAAAUUCAAAGUAGUAGGUUAAAUUUGGAAAGUCCAAACUAAGCCUCUGGGCUCCCAUAAGCUAUGCUGGGGAUUAAGAGGUUUUAUUUCCUCUGAUGGGAGGAGAGCUAGAGAGGCACCCUUUGGGGAGAGGUCAAAAGUAUCUAGGUGCAGGUAACUAUUCGUGGUCUUCCUUGAGUGUUUGACCAGUAGAUUUGAGUAUUUUUUUACAGUCACUGCUACAACACAGUCUCUCUGCUCUUUGACUGGAUGGGACACUUCUGGUAUUUCAAACAUGGGAGGUUGAGAAGUAAUAACUUCUUUGGUGAUUUGUUGCUGGAUGGGUGCCUGGGGACAAAGUUAAUAAAGACAGUCAUGCCGGGUAUCUGCUGUGGUCCUGUGAAGUGUCUAAAGACUUGUAAAGAAUUCUUUGUAGGUAUAUAAGGCUCUUGCAAUACUAUGCUAUUGAUGAAAUGUGGUGAUACACAGCCAAUGGAAGAAGGAGCUGUUUCUUCAGAAGCUGCCACCUUUCUUUGGAAGGUCCUUCAAGUGGAGAUGAUGAAAAGUCAGUUUGUUUCAGAGUCCUGUGUUACACUGACCAGCCCUCGGUCCAUGGUCACGAGGAGGACACAGAACCACAUGCCAUAAGUUAUGAAGGGGACGUCUGCAGGUGAUGGCGAAGGGUCGCUCUACCCUGUUUACAAUGACUUGACAGCUGGCUGGACAAACAUUUACCAUAUAUCCACCUAGAGCUAUCUGGAGAAGCCUGUAAAUAAUACUAUACAUAGUGAAUGCAUCUGCUGGAAUGAUUAAACCGGUGCUGUGAAUGUGAAAUGACCAAAGUCAUUUUUGUUUUCAUUUUUUCCAUGCUCUAGUUUCCUUCUCCCUUUAAGUGUUUUUCCAUCUGACUGUCCUAAGAAAGUGUAAUUGCUCUGAUGACCUAAGCUUUAUUUGUUCUUUAGUGUAUUAAAAUAGCAGAAAC